UUCACAAUUUUUUUCAUCAACUUAUAUCGAUUAAUAGAAUAUUAAUAUUUUUUUAAAAAAUACUUGUCGUUAGUCUGUAGACAUUUGGGUUGCCGAUGUUGAAAUUUGGUUGCAAUUCAUGAUGGAUGAUAAAAGUGAAAUUGAUCAAGAAACUGAAGAAAUAUCGAAAUAUAUCAUAGUAUCGGAUUACAAAUAUCAACGAGAGUAUGAAGAAGAAGAAGAAGAAGAAGAAGAAGAAGAAGAAGACGAAAAAGAAGAAAAAAUAAGUGAAAUAGAAUUUAAAGAAGAAUAUAAAUCAACAUCUCAAUUAGACUUUGUACAUUGGCAUAGAAGAAACUUAUGUUUUAGUAUUAAGAAAUCUCGCUAAUAAUCCCUUAAAUUAUUUAUGGGGCGAAGUUAAUGGUUUAGAUUCAACAAAAAUGAAACUUUGCGUAUGUCCUGAAAAAGGAGAAAUAUUGGCUGGAGAUGCCCAAAAAAUGGAGAUAAUUAUUACGCCUUUAAAAGAGGGGAUCGUACAAUCAUUAUUUAUACCAUGUUUUGUAGGAGAUUUGCAUAAAAUAAUAAUGUUAGGAAUUGAAUGUUUUAUUGAACCACUUUAUGUGACAUUUUAUUUUCCUUUAAAUGACAAAAUGUCAUUAGAAUUAAAGAAUAAUUUUGUUAAAAUCGAAUGGCGGACAGACAGUUUUAAAUUCGCUUUUGAUAUGGCAGGAAAAUCUAAAAAAUAUAUGAAAAUAUUAAACAAGUAUAAAAACCGAGAAGAACGAGAAAUAAUGAACAUGGAUUUAGAUCAAGGAGAAAUUCUUAAAGAUGCUUCAACAGAUCCUUUAAUACAAGAAAUAGUUGCUGAAGAAUCAAGCGAAUAUUUUCCAAAUACUUCUGAAAUCAAUAGUUUUCAAACAAGCAAUCUGAGAGUACAAAUUGAUAAUAAUUAUUCACAAAAUACAAUUUCCUCUGGAAAUAUCAUACCAUUUCAUCAAAGAUAUCUUCCAUUAAUUACACAACCUAUUGUAAUAGAAUUUUUAAAUUUACCAUUAAGAACAGUGCGAAAGAAAACUUUUAUAAUAAAAAAUGAAACUUCAAUUCCAACUAAUUUUUGGCUUAGUAUAAAGAAUUUUUAUCCUAUCAGAUGUACAUGUGAAUGGAAAUCAAAAAAAGAUCUAAUUAAAUCUAUUUAUAAGCGAGUGUUUGGUCAAAAAAAAGGAUUAGUAGAAGAAACAUUAUAUAAAGCGAAACAAUAUGGAUCAGGUAUAGUAAUUUAUGUUGAUCCUUUAAAUUCAGAUAUUGGCCCUUUCAAAGCCAUAUCUGUGGAUAUUUACGUUUUUGCUGAUACAUGGGGUAUUUAUGUGGAUGAAUUAGAAAUAAAUAUUAUUGGUUUACCAAAAUAUACCAUAGGAAUAUGUGUACAAGUUGUUGGAUCACCAAUUACAUUAUCAAUUUCUAAUAGAAAUGAAUUUAACAUACCUGUCAUUAAAUAUGGAAUUGAAGCUAUAGGUAUGCGUCUAAAUGACAGAAAAAUAUUAUUGACAAAUACAAGUGUAAUACCUAUAGUUAUUAAUUGGCAUACAUUUUUAGUUAAACCAGUUAUAAAAAAAAUGCCUUUUAAUAUAAUAUUUAGCAUCCAGACUCCAUUUACUGACAAAUUAGCAUCACAACUAAGAUUAAAUAAUGAAAAAACUGAGAGUGAAAUACACUUAGAAGAACAUACAAAUUUUUCUUCAUCAAAGAAUUUAAAUACAUGUGAUUCUAUUGAAAUUAAUGAUAUAAUUGAAUCUACAACAUCUAGUUAUAUGGAAUCUUCAUUUAUAACUUCAUCUGGAAUAUCUAACAAUGAAAUUUUAAUAAAUAAGCAUUCCAAAAAUAAAUGUGGCAAUUUAAAAUGUAAACAUGAUUGUAAAAUUUGUCUCAAGAAUUCAAAAAGAAGUGACAUUGAAUUAAAAAUUUUAAUACUUCCUUAUUAUGGUUUAAUUAAUACAAAAAUUUGCAAAGUUACUCCCAAAGAAAUGUUCAUUUCACCCAAAAGUAGCGUGUCUCUAACUAUUAAUAUACAACUUGAUAAAUAUAAAUUUAUCAAGGAAAUUAAUAAACUUAUUGAAGGAGAAUUUUUUUGCAAAAUUCUUGGAUUUUUACGAAUUUCACCAAGCGAUAUGUAUAAGGAUAAUUAUUAUGCUAGACAGACAGAAAAAUAUUUUUCUCCUAUAGAAAUUGAUGUCACUGCAAAUAUUACUAAACCUCGAUUAUAUUUCAAUAUUUCAAAAUUUGAUAAAACAUUUAUAUGUUGUGCCAAUGAAGUAAUGCAAAGUAAAACAAAACAAAUAGAAUUAACAAAAAAAUUAUUAUUAUAUAACAAUAAAAAUUACACAAUAGAAAUAUUUUUGGAAACAUGUGACCCAUUUUAUAUUAAAUCCAUUGCAAUACAUACAGAAUCAUAUCAAUGUAAAAUUGGAAUUUUAUGCAUAAAUCCAAAUGAAUAUGUUGAAGUAAUAUUUUUAUUUUUAUUUUAUAAAAAUAAAUUUUAUAUUUAUGAUACUUUUUUUUAUAGAUAAAAAUAAUAUGUGUUGUAAAAGAGAAAUUAAUUAAAACUAUAUUGAACACA